AUGGUCGGGAACGUGUCUGCCAAUUUCGCUGAUAUCAUUAUAAUAGGCGAAAGGAUAGAAAUUGGGGUUAAAAGUGGGAAAAUUGCAUACAGUUCGCCUGCAACUGCAAAUUACAAAAAACCCAAUUUCAAUGCGGGAAAGAAGAAGGAAGGGGAUGUGCAUGCGGCAUCGGCAAUGCCUGUGUGGAGAGGUCAAGGUCCCACUCAUAGCUUCCGACCAUACUUGGGGCAACCCCCUUAUGCAGCUAAUGCGGCAUUUGCUCAACAAGCCCGGCCUCAACAACAACAAGGGUAUUAUCAACCGCCAUUGCCCCCAGCUGAUACUUGGAGGGCUGGGGCAAUUGCGGGUCCAAAUCAGAAUGCGGGCCAAAACCCUUACCCAAGAAGGAACCAAUUUGUUAAUUUCACCCCUAUCCCUACAACUUACACAAAAUUGUUACCCCAUCUCGUCAGAAGGGGUCUGGUUGCUAUUUGUCCAAUGAAGCCCAUGCAACCUCCGUACCCCAGGGGUUAUGAUGCAGAGGCCAAAUGUAGUUACCAUGGGGGAGGUGUUGGUCACUCAACUGAGAGGUGUCUAGCUUUUAAACACAAAGUACAGGCUCUAAUUGACUCGGGGUGGUUAAAGUUUCAAGAAGAUAAACCUAGCAUCGAGACUAAUCCGCUUUCUGGGCAUGGGAGUGCCUCGACGAAUGCCGUCGAGGAUGAAAAACAUGAGUUGAUAAGAGACGCGGGCGAUUAUGACGAGGACGUAACAUGUGCACUUCAUUCGGAUGAUGGGCACUCUAUUGAGGAAUGUGGUGAAUUUGAAGAUAUUCUACAAGACUUGCUGGAUAGAAGUUUAAUGCAAGUAUGCUACAAGGACAAGGAGGGGGAAGUGUUCACACAAAUUGACGGGGAAUCCGACGUAACUCUGCCUGAGCCGUUGGUGAUCCAUUUCACUAGAACCACCCAUGUGCCAGUGGCUGAAGAAAAGCCGUCUGUCGUCAUUCGGGCGCCGUCUCCCUUUCCUUACAGAAGCGAGAAGGUUGUCCCUUGGAUGUAUGGAGCACAUGUGUUAGAUGAGGGAAAAGGCGCAGAUUCGGCCGUUGAGAACAUAACAGGCAUAGGUGGGAUGACGAGAAGUGGUCGAAUCUUCGCGUCACCAAUGGUGACAAGAGAGGGGACCAAUACUAAUGAAACAACAAUGGCCGCAAAAGUCAGGGAGGUUUUAAAAGGAAAGGGCGCGCAGGUAGAGGAGACUCCUAACGAGGAGGAAAAGAAAGAAAUAUCUGAAGAAGAGGCCUGCAAAUUUUUAAAAUUCAUUCAACAGAGUGAGUAUAAGGUGGUGGAACAGUUGAACCGCAUGCCUGCUCAGAUUUCUUUGUUAGAAUUGCUUAUGCAUUCUACCUCUCACAGAAGGUUGUUGAUGAAGGUACUCAGUGAGGCUCAUGUUGAGCAAGGUAUUUCGUUGAACAAGUUUGAGGGCAUUGUUGGCAACAUCAUCGCUAAUAAUUACCUCACCUUUACUAUUGAGGAGAUACCCACUGAGGGGAGAGGGCAUAACAAGGCUCUUCAUGUCUCAGUGAAAUGUUUAGAUCACGUUAUAGCGCGUGUCUUGGUGGACAAUGGCUCCUCUCUGAACGUCAUGCCAAAAUCGACAUUGGAGAAGCUACCCUGUGAUGGAAUGCAUAUGAAGCCAAGCUCUAUGAUUGUGAGAGCUUUUGACGGCAGUAAGAGGGUAGUGAUGGGAGAAGUUGAAUUGUCAGUCCAAGUCGGUCCUUAUGUCUUUCAAGUGACAUUCCAAGUUAUGGAUAUCCUCCCGGCUUAUAGUUGUUUGUUGGGUCGCCCGUGGAUCCAUUCUGCAGGAGUUAUGCCUUCCACACUACACCAAAAGCUGAAAUAUGUUAUGGGAGAUAAGCUGGUGAUAGUAUCAGGAGAGGAGGACCUCCUUGUGAGCGGACCAUCAUCCACGCGUUAUAUUGAGGCGGCUGAGGAAGCUUUUGAGACAGUUUUCCAGUCAUUGGAGAUUGUGGGAAAUGCCUAUGUGGAGCCAUUCCCAACAAACCCUCAUUUGUCGCGUGCUUCUAUCAUGAUGGCCAAAGUCUUGCUGAAAGAGGGGUAUACGCCUGGUACAGGUUUAGGCAAGUAUGGGCAGGGGCGAACUUUCCCCCUAAAGGUCGUUGAGAAUAGAAACAGAUAUGGCCUAGGGUACAAGCCCACCAAAGAGGACAAGAGAGGGCUGAUGGAAGAAAGGAGAGAACGCAGUCUGGCUCGUGUGGAAAGGCGAGAACCCAAGGUGGAAAGGACUCGUAUUUGUAACAUCAGGGAGAGCUUUCGUAGCGCUGGAUGGAUCAACGCGGGCCAUAUAGCAGCCGUGGAGGAUGAAGAUAGGUCUGAAAGCUCAAGUUUCGUGCGGGCCUGCUCCCUAGAUGCACCACUUGACAAUUGGGAAACUCUGAGUUUACCCGUGAUGCUUAAUUUGAAUAAAAUAUAUGACAAUGAAAGUUUUGAAAAUAACAAUGUCGAUAUUCCUAAUUUUGAGCACCCUGUCGAUAAUACGGAAGAUGAUUAUGAAGAUGAUCCGAAACCCUCUCCAGAGCUCUUGAGAUUAGUGGAACAAGAGUCUAAAGAGAUAAAACCCCAUGAGGAAGAGAUUGAAGUACUCAACUUGGGAGAGGAAGAAGAGAUAAAGGAAGUAAAAAUCGGUACUGGCAUGAAAAAGGAAGUGAGGGAAGGGUUGCAAGCCCUAUUGAAGGAGUUUAAGGAUGUGUUCGCGUGGUCUUACAAUGACAUGCCAGGAAGAGGUACAGAAACAAUUCGACACAGGAUUUCUGGCUGUGGCGAGAUACCCACAAUGGGUAGCAAAUAUUGUACCAGUGCCUAA